AUGGAAGCGUGCUUAGAGGCUCUCAAUUCACAAUCAAAAGCAUCUAUAGAUAGCAUAGCUGGCUCCAGACAGACGAGCCAAGACGAUCUCCUGAUUUGUAUCAGCGACAUUUUCAAAAACCUACAGUCCUUUUCAGGAUCGUCUUUUGAUAAAAUUUUUUCAUAAAUAAAAAUGGCAUUCGGUUCGAGUGAAAUUAGCUCCGCUAAUUUUCUCUCCCUCAAGCAAAUUUUAUUUAUGGGUUUGGGUUUUACCUCGAGAACUUCUGCACAGCAACAGCGGCUUAACUCUGAGGAUAGCCAAAGGAACUGCUCCUCAGUGCACUCAAGAGGCUCAGGUCUUUACCCCUCAGCACACCCGAAGAAGGCGAUCCUUAGGCGGAAAACGCGCUGGAGCUGAGUCGUAUAAAGCCGUGGCGGCAGCGAAGCCUGUCGAGGCUGAAACGCUGUAUUUCCCGUGCCUUGGCGAAUCAAAGUGGAUCGAUCCAGAGGUCCAUGGGCACGACAUAUGGACAAAUAUGGUGGCAGCUCUGGACAAGGCUACCCCGUAGUGGACGUAAAAUGUUAUAAAUUAUUUAAGAUUAAGAUUAAGAUAAAAUUUUUUCACGAUUAGCAUGAAUGCAAAAUUCGACCGUUUUGAAGAACCCUUUUAUUGAAAAAGCCUUAAAUUUAGGGAUGAUAAGUAUAGUUCUCUGCGAAGUGGUAGGCCUUAUUCCUAUGGCUGGGAAUGACACUAUAGAAAAAUUGCAAAAUGAUGUAUUAAAGCAUUUCCAAAUAAUUGCUUUAACGCUGCAAAAUUCAAGCAAACAGAAGCAGCAACAAUUACUUAGAAAGCUCCUUCAAAGCAUUGAAGGCUUUUUAGGGAAUUUGAGGAUUUACUUGGGGCUUUGCGCCAGUGCUUGUAGAAAUUUGUCGCCUGGCGUAGUUCUCACCAUUUUUACUGUGAUAGAAAUGUUAAGCAUUUUCCAGCAAAUUCCUUUUGAGCUGGCAUAUAUUGGAAUCGCGAAUUUAAGAAAAGAAGCGCAGAUUUUGACGAAAAUUUGCUUUUUCCCAUCUGUUCAAUCUUUUUUUACAUUCCGACAGGCCCCAUUUCUGCCCGCUUAUUCUCAUAAGACUAUGACAUUGGUGCUCGAUUUAGACGAAACAUUAGGCCAUACAGAGAAUGGAAUAUUUUAUAAACGACCUGGCGUUGAAGAAUUCAUUUCAGAGCUUGACAAAUUUUAUGAACUAGUGCUAUUCACAGCAAGCUCACAAGAUUACGCAGAUUCCGCGAUCAAACAAAUCGACCCUUCAAAUAAAAUCAAGCUAAGGCUGUACAGGCAGCAUACAGGGGCUUUCAACAGCCCUUAUGUAAAAAACUUGGAAUUACUGGGCAGAGAUCUAUCAAAAGUCAUUAUUAUUGAUGACUGGCCCACAUCGUUCAGUAUGCAUCCAAAUAAUGGAAUUUUAAUCAGUCCCUUUACUGGGGACGAGUCAGACAAUGAGCUGAAAAAACUACUGCCGGUUUUGGUCAACUUGGCAGUCAGUGAUGUGGAGGAUGUAAGGGAAGCAUUAAAAUGUCAUAUAAAAUUGUAA